AGCAACUCUGUACCCUGAUUCAUCAGUGGCUGAUUGUGGGCGAACAUCAACGACAACGUCAAGCCAAGAAAGCCAUGAAAUCUCGUCUACGGGAAAAAUUGGCCAAUGACGUUCAUGUCCUCAAAACCAUUAUUCCCAACAUUGAACUCAUUGUCAAUAGCAUCGGUGAUGACGAUGACGACGACAUUAGUAGUAGUGAUCGGGAUCUUGGAUCGCACUACAGCAGCAGCAGGUCUCUGGGGAAAGACUUCGAUUGGGAGACACUUGGCAAAGAACCAUUGGAAGAUACCACAGACACGGCCACCAUGGAUGAAUCAGAACACGAACCCAUACAAGAUGGGAAAAUGGCAGAUCAGCUCAAACGGUUACAGUUUGCCUUUGGCUCAUUCAUCAGUGUAGUGGCCGAAAGGGGUCCUAUCGUCAUGGUAAUUGAUGACAUGCAAUGGGCAGAUCAAGCAAGCAUCAGCUUACUCCAGGCAUUUCUGACUCAAUCUGCCAUUGGCAAAGAGAACAUUCCACUGUUGGUUGUGGGUGUCUAUCGCAGCAAUGAAGUGAGCUCCAACCCACAACAUCCUCUAUCCAAACUAUUGGGUGCAUUGGGAAACAAAGCUGACAAUGAAAGCCCAAAAGAGCUUCCCAAAACCGCUGUGGCGGACCAAACCAAUCCGCACCAGGGGAUCCCAAUGACCCGCAUUGCUCUCGACAAUCUUUCCGUGAAACACGUGAAUCAGAUGGUUUGUGACUUGUUGUCCCUUGAUGAACCACAAACUGUGGCUCCACUGGUAGAAGUGGUGCACCGAAACACACAGGGUAAUCCGUUUUGGGUGGUCCAGCUCAUGACCGGGCUUCAGUCCCAAGGAUUGUUAGACUACAACUUUGGGCUCAUGAAAUGGAUCUGGAACCUCCCGGAAAUUGAAGCCAAGAUCAAAAUCACAGACAACAUUGUCGGACUGACCAAGGACAAACUUGAAAGUCUAGAAGAUGGCACCUUGCAAAUCCUACAGAUUGCGGCAUGUCUUGGUUCUACGUUUGACGAAAAUACACUUCAGAUGGUCUUGUCCAAGGUUGACCGGUCAAAGCUCCUUGGCGGAGGAGACGACGAAAGCUGCGAAGGCAAUGAAUUGGAUUGGGGUGAACUAGACACAUGCGUCGACGAAGGCUUUCUUGAGGAAUUUGGUUCCACAUCGUACAGGUGGAAACAUGAUCAGCUGGAAGCUGCAGCGUUUUCUCUGAUUCCUACGGAUUCCAUAUCGGAGGUACUCUUUUCAAUUGGCAAGAUCGUGGCUACUGACACGGACUCUGCCACUUUGGAGAGUAUGCUCUUCAUUUGUGUCAACCUUCUCAACGAAGGAGCAUCCUCGCUUCCCGAGGGUGACUCAUGGAGAAUAAAGAUAUCUGAGCUGAACCGAAGGGCCGGCAAAAAAUCCAUGGUCUCGUCGGCCUUUGAAUCGGCAAACUCCUAUUUUCGCACAGCCAUCGAGCUUCUGCCCAAAGAGCACUAUUGGCGAGACCACUACGAACAUUCGCUCGAGCUCUUCUCCUCCGCUGCUCAGUCAGAAUUUGUAUUGGGAAAUACUGAACGGCUUGAUCGGUACUGCGAGGAGGUUCUCAGUCAGAAGGAUCGACCACUCUUGGACAAACUGAGCACGUACAAGGUCAUGCUGGAAUCUGUCGCCGCCAGGGCCAACGGCGGAGAUGCCAUUGAACUGUGCCUGGAUGUUUUGCAACAGGACAAGGAUUAUGUCACAGACGGACUCGCCCUGCUCAACUGACCCCAGUUUUGGUUGUUCGGACGGAAACCUCGUCCUCAGUUUUCGUUUGUGGAACCAAAUUACCUACUGGCUAGCUAGCUAGUAGUACCGUACUGGUAUAGCAGCUUGAGCUCAUCAAUCAUCAAUCCUCUACUAGCUAGCUUAUGCAUAGUAGCCCUAUAGCUAUCUCUGCUAUUGAUCCAGAAGGUGUCUAUCUAAUGCAAUAAGUAUGGUAUAUUUGGUUGGCAAUGGGUGUUCUAAUCUAUCUAAUCUGUUAAUAGCUAUCUACUCGCCGUCGUUUUGCGUGCCGACAUAGGAAUCACCACCAAAACACUAGGAAAUAACAAAGGAGGAAGGAAUCCAACGAAUUGGAGGAUCCACUCUCCUCUGUGCAUUGUCGUGUAGCCUCCUCUUGUUACCUUUUCAACUACUCGACUCGACGACAAUGCGUUCAGGCUGUUGGUGGGGAUUGAGUUAACCUCCUCCGUUCAGGUUGGUAAUAUGGCUUGAGUUAGUCUCCUCUUAGUAGAGGUGCGAUCGAUCGUAAUUGAAUAAUUUUUAAAAGAACAAUUGACGGCCGAGCUCGGAUUUCCCUCCUGAAUACCAUAGAAAUCCAAUGAGGGAGAGAAGUCAGCGCUGUACCUUCAAUUAACACUCUUGAU